AUGGCUCAAUCACGGCGGCGGCCUCCACCCUUCUAUGAUUUUUCUCCUUUUCAACAUGCACCUGGUGUCGCAGCGCAGAUUCGAAAAUACGGGGCUCCACAGAUAGUCGACAUCCCUCAGACGACGAUCCCCUCACCUUUGGCGCCCUGUCUUGCUCCAGACACUGUAGCGGGUUUGAAACGGCGCCUACUCGGCGAUGGGUCUGGAAAAGCGGUUUUCAGAGAAGAGAGUGCAGGGGCGGAGGUUUGGGCCAGCUGGAAGAGAGCUUGGGAUCUUUGGAACAACCAUUACAUUGAGGGACGGGUGUCUCCAGUGUGGAUCAGAGAGGAGUAUGAGAGAUUGAAGAAGGAAAUGGAAGAUGCGAGAGAUAAGCGACGACGAGAGCAGGAGAUUGACAGAUUCAGAAAUCGAAAUUUCCCGAAACGUCACAGCAAACCAACUGCUAGAGCGACGGUCUUCUCUAGAGAGAAACCCGAAGCAGCACCAGGAAAAGUCUAUAAGCAGACGUCCGAAAUACGACCAGCCAAAAAUGCGAUCGUCAAAAAGCUGCAGAGUCGACCCAAGCCAGGUAGUAAGAGAGUGUUCAAACGCAAAGGAGAGAAAGUUCCGGUCUAUGGAGAGCGGGUUCUUACCGAAAUCGUUCAGGUUGAACGAGUCGUACCCAGGGAUCCAGCCACUAUGAGUAACAGGUCAAAUAUCGCCGCAAACAACCGAGUCAAACUUCCUGUUCCCAAAGGAAAUGCCGGACCGAAAUCGCUGGAUACUGUAAUCGAGAUCGCAUUGGAAGAACGGCAAGUUAUGGAAUUCGGUCACGUCGAUGUCUCCGAAGAAAAGAUCUCACCUAACGCCAUGUCCUCUGCGGAUAUGCCGAAGUACAGAAAGGAGAAUAAUACUUUACCUGGUACAGACGAGACACCAGACGAGACACCCAGGUUUGGCUCUCAGAGACCACAGAUGUGGCAUCCAGUUACGGAACCGUGCUUGGAGGGAGAGAGGACGUUGACUGUUGACGAAACGGUGCCUAUAAUCGAGUUUGAAGAUCGAUGGGUUGAUGUCCUGGAAGAGGAUGGCAAAGCAGUAUUGAUUGGGUGGGUUGAAGAAGAUGAAGAUGCUGUCAUGGAAGAUGUUGGUAAUGAUAGCGAGAAUAUCGACCUCGAUCUCGAUCUUGACGUAGACGAUAAUGGCCAUCUCGCCAGAAUGCCAAUACCAGUGAUUGACGAAGAGCCCGCGGUGUUCUAUAAGCCGAGACACCUUGUCGAAAGGGACGACCACUUUAGCGGCGGAUUCUUCCCUAUGAAGAGUCUUGAUCCAUACCCAGAGCCUGAUGAUUCUGAUGACAAUGGCAACCGGGACUGGCUUGAUGCUUUGCAGAAUACUGUUUGGCGCCCACGUCAUGUUGGCGAGAAGACUUUGCAGAUUGAGAUGGACGAUUUGUUUGAUGAAACUCCCGCAAAGACAUGGCUCGAGGUUGAUGGAGGUGUUGAUUGUGGACGGAGUCCAUACCCGGUCCUACGAAGCGUGACCGAAUAUGUCAAAAUCCCAAAAGAUCUUGGUGGGGGUCUCAACGGUGUGUUCCGCAAAAAGAAAAUGUGGGAUGGAGUCACUGGGACUAUCUUCAAUAUGCCCACAAAGCCGCUUGAGCAGGAUGAAACCGAGGACGAGAGGAUGAGCCGCAUGCAUCUUCUAUACGGCGAUUUCUUUCGCGAUAAUCGUUACAAACACCGUCACGACUUCUUCCCGCUGGAUAUUCGUCGUGUGAAAAGAAGAAGCGACAGAAACUACCCUGGAAGACAAACCACAACGCCGAUGUUGGAGAACAGGGAGACUCUGGUCCGGUAUCCAUGGCAUAUACCUGAAGAUGAGGGUAAAGAUCUGCCUGCCAACGACCCGUGGGCGGUAACUGCCGAGCAAAAGCGAAAGAAGAAUGUCCCCGUCAGAAGACAUCCUCCUGCCCACUGCUAUCAAGACAAGAAUCAAUUACCCCUCUUGCCUGUCGAUGACUUAAUGUGGCGGGAAGAACUACAGGAUGAUGAUUAUGGACGUUGGAAAUACUUCGUCACCAACCUCCAUGGCGGAACCCUUCUCAUCAACGGCCAAGAGAUCAAGAAGAACCAGAUUGCUGGACCACUUCCAGAGUUCGCUGUCAUUGAAUGCCCUGGCAAGCAAAUUGCCUUUUGGUGGGGUCCAGGCGGCAGGAAUUACUUGCAAGGACAGCCGGGGUACGACCAUGAGAGCAGAUGGGAGUCCUUAAGACGUAGCGAUCCUGACUUAGCGAAGGUCGCUCUGACUUCUGGGCAAGAGUGGGAUUACAAGAUCAGAGUGCGAAUUACGAAGGAAUUCUCGGGGAAUGAGUGGGAGGAUGAUGCGCAGUGGGAUGAAUGGAAGAAAGCUGUUGCGGCACCAUCUGAACCGGAUCUAAAUUGUGACGCUGCGAAGCCUGCUUUAACCGACAAUACUCUAAUCCGAUUCAAGAAGUUCAACAAACUCGGCAUGCCCACAGGUACCGACAUCAUACAGCCUGAGUGUUUCCCAUCCGACAGAGACGAGCUCCGCUGGCUACACACCAAAGCCGAGCCCCUAUCGGAGGUGAUACAGUCCUCCCAGAAAGACAAUUUCAUCGACCCUCUCCAGGUCGGCAUGCCUUUCUUCCCAGGAUCCAUCGCCCCAGAAGAUGUAAAGGAAGUCCGGGCACAAAGAAUGGCGAAGCGAGCCUACAACGCGAAGGAGCGGGAAAUUAUCAAGGAACAGAUGAAUUUGAACGUUGCGGUAGCGAAGAUGAAAACUGCAAGACUUGAGCGCGAGAGAGAGGCUAGUAUAGCGGUGGGAAUGAAGCGGGAGGCUGAGUCGCAGCUGCAAGGCCCAUUCCCGAAGAAGAACGCUUUGGCCAAUACGAGGGGAGAGGCUGAGGAGGAUCUCAAGAGAUAUGAUGGUGCGGAUACUGAGCCAGAGAGGUACAAAAUGCCUCAAAAUAUGGAGUUCCUCGUCCGUGUGUUCGACAAGGAUGUCAGGUCGGCUUUGGAAAGGAACAUCAAGGAGUACGGGAAAAGAAAGACUGUCGCCCUUGCAGCUGGUCGCAGAUUCACGGAAAUCCUACCGACUCUGGAUGUUGAGAUUGAGCAAUAUCUCGACAAAAGGAGAGAGCGAGAGCAGGACGAUCUUGGAUCCCUAGAAAUAUUCAGAAGGAACAGACUCGCGGCAGGAAUUCCAAUGCCUCCAGAGACUUAUAUUCCUCCUGGGGUCGACGAGAUUUACGCCGCCUGGAAAGCCGACCAAGCUGAGCUGGCUAGAGAAGCCGAGGAGGAAGAAACAAUAGAAAGACAGGCGGAAGAACUUCGUCUUAAAAUCAACCAAGCAGCUGAACAAGAGCGCUUAAGAAAAGCUAAAGCCGCCGAAGAAGCCGCGCUCAAGAGGUUCGAAAUGCAGCAGACGAUAGCGGAUCAGAAAGCAGCUGCUGAGGUGAAGAUGACGCUUGCUGAGAUAGCGCAGCAGAAGAGACUCGCGAGCUGGAGAGCUAUUCUCGCGAAUAACAAGGCGAAGAAAGCCUUGGAAAGCAAGAUGGCGAAGAUGAAUGCUGAGGAUAUGCCGCUGGAGCUGGACGGUUCUGAACUGCAUGGGGCUUUCGAGUUUGAGCAACAGCCUGAGGACUAUAUUGAUACGGGGAAGAGUGCUUAUUCAACGGGGAGUCUGAAGAGCUUUGAUGGGCAGGCUGAGAUGCUUGUGGAUGAUCAGGGCCGGUUUGGCUGGGAUGUGGAUGGGGAGGUCGAGGGGAACAAGCCAACAGAGAGAAGAAGGAUUCGGCAGGUGGAGGGAGAGGCAGAAGACUUUGAGAUGGCGGCGGAGGAGUUGGAGAGGAGGGGCCCCGUGAAAGUGGAUGUUUAUAGGGAGACUGUGAGGAGGAGAGCCGGUGAUAAUGUGGAGGUCGGUCUUACGCUUUGA